AUGGCUACGGCACACGAUGAGCCCGCCGACCCACUGGCCAAAGGCACCUUCGCCACGGCAAAGCAGUCGUGGGGCGAUCUGUUCAUAUGGAAGCAGCGAGUCGUCGUCGUGAAUGAAGACGGCGAAGCUCACACAGAAUGGCAGUCGCCUCCGCCGUUGAAGAAUCCCAUCUCGCUCUUCAUGCUCCUCAGUGCCAGGGACUGGCUGUACUUUCUUGUUGGGCUGUAUGCAUGGACUGCUGAUGCGUUUGACUUCCACGCCUUGUCUAUUCAGACGGUCAAGCUUUCCAAGUAUUAUGACCGGUCCAAGACAGAAAUCACCAUGGCCAUCACUCUUACGCUGCUUCUAAGAUCAGUCGGUGCGGCUGUGUUCGGUGGGCUAGGAGAUCGGUUUGGAAGAAAAUGGCCUAUGGUGUUUAAUAUGAUUAUCCUGGGCUUCUUGCAAAUUGCUACCAUUUACAGUCGGACCUUCCAACAAUUUCUAGCCGUGAGGUCCCUUUUUGGGUUGUUCAUGGGUGGAGUGUAUGGAAACGCCGUGGCCAUGGCCCUCGAGAAUUGCCCCACUGCUGCUCGUGGCCUCAUGAGUGGCAUUCUUCAACAAGGCUACUCCUUCGGCUUCGUGCUGGCCGCCUGCGCCAACCUGGGCGUUGGCGGUGCCACUGAGAGCUGGAAGACGGUUUUCUGGAUCGCAGCCGGUCUCUCCUUCGGCGCGGGUCUGGUGCGCUGCCUCUUCCCCGAGUCCAAGCAAUUCCGGGAAGCCAAGAAGGCCGGAAACCACAUCAGUGCGGUCGACUUCUGGCGCGAGACUAAGCAGAUGAUGGCCAAGGAGUGGCGCAUGUGCAUAUACUGUAUCAUUCUCAUGACCUGGUUUAACUACUACUCGCACACAAGCCAGGACAGCUACACGACCUUCAUGAUCGAGCAGAAGGAGCUGGGAAACAGUGCGGCUACGAGGGCAAGUAUCUGGAUGAAGGUUGGCGCUUGCGUGGGUGGGACUAUUAUUGGAUACCUCUCUCAAUUCGUCGGCCGCCGCCGCGCUAUCAUUGUCUCGACCCUGAUGUCCUGCGCCCUGAUACCGGCCUGGAUCCUCCCCGAGGGCGAGAGUUCUCUGUCGGCCUCAGGUUUCUUCAUGCAGUUCUUUGUCCAGGGUGCCUGGGGCGUGAUACCCAUCCAUUUGAACGAGCUGUCCCCUCCAGCCUAUCGUUCCUCCUUCCCUGGCCUGACCUACCAACUCGGCAACAUGAUCUCGUCCCCGUCGGCCCAGAUCGUCAACGCUAUUGCCGAGUCCCAUUUUGUUACCAGCCAUACGGGUAAGACGGUCGAGGCGUAUGGGCCGACCAUGGGCAUUGCCACCGUGAUUAUUGCGCUUGGUAUUUCCAUUACCACUGCGCUCGGUCCCGAGAAGAGGGGCAGGAAGUUUGAGAACGCUGCUCCGGCCGGGGCAAAUGUCGGGCUCGGGAAGGAUGUAGAGAAAGCCGUCGAUGUCGUCAGUCUUGAUGAGGGGAAGCCGCCUUCCAGAGAUGUGUAGGCCAGGCUGAGGCCAAGGCCUGAAAGCCAUCGUCUCCAUGGUUCUUGAUUCCUCUAGGCAGCAUACUUCCUAGAGGGGCCCGGGAGGGGGGUUAUUGCUGGAAUUCCAUGACUUGCUUGUGCGAGCAAACGGGCUUUUGUCCAUU